CAGAAGGUCCGGUUCGACGGAAACAAACGCAUAAGCCCAUCUCCACUCUCCACCCUCUCUCUCUCUCUCUCUCCCCCCUCCACCCCCUUCCACCCCGCUGCCUCUUCCUCAGCGCACAGUCUACUGCGAGCUGCAUCAGCAAAAACCUUCAACGGCUCCGUCUCCGCAGAGGACAGCACCCCCAAGAGAAACACCUAGAAAAUCGAAAAACCCACGAAGAGGUUUUCUUGGGGGCCCAUGCAGUUCUCCGGUGAGGGGGCGAACGGCUGAGAUCGAUUUCGGGGGCCUGAGAUCAGAUGGGUGGCUCGUCCGGUGAGCCCUCGUCGAACAACAAGGGCAUUGACGCGUCGGUGGGCGGGCUCGUCUGGGUCCGGCGGAGAAACGGGUCUUGGUGGCCGGGUCGGAUCGUGGGCCUCGAUGAGCUGUCGGAGGGCUGCUUGGUGUCCCCGAGAUCGGGCACUCCCGUCAAGCUCCUUGGCCGCGAGGACGCUAGCAUAGACUGGUACAAUCUUGAGAAGUCCAAGAGAGUCAAGGCCUUCCGUUGUGGAGAAUACGACGAUUGCAUUGAAAAGGCGAAGGCAGCUGCGGCAAGCUCGAGCAAAAAAGCAGUCAAAUAUGCUCGAAGAGAGGAUGCUAUUUUGCAUGCUCUAGAGAUUGAGAGUGCUCGGUUUGGAAAAGACCAACCAUAUUACUGCACCCGAAUGGACAGUUCGAGUGGAAGAAUAGGAACUUCUGCCACAGAAUCUCCGACAAUCUCACAGUCUGGUGGUAAAGAAACUAAUGGUUUGUCCGACGACGAAGUUGAUGGAGAUUCCCAUUGGACGCCAGAGCUUUCAUACUCUGGCACUUGUUCCGAUGAACCAAGCCAUGUCAAUUCUUUUAAGGUCAAGUCUGACCGAGGAAUGAGGAGGAGAACUCCAAACGACUCGGAGGAUGAUGGGAAUGAGGGUACCAAACGAAUGAGGGGUCUAGAGGACCUGGGCAUGAAUGUACUGUCCGAUAAGAAGAAUCAACCUGAGACAAUGCAACAAGAGAGUGGUCCUUUACAUGAAUCAAAAGCUGGUAACAGCUUAAGUAAUGGGAGCCUGUUAAAUGGUGGUAAAGGCCUUUCGUCCUCUUCUCAUAAGAGGAAGAGGUCUCAGGUGGCUCAUGUGCAUGAUUUCUUAAAGAAAAAGAACCGCCGCCGGCCCCUGACCAAAGUUCUUGAGAGCACAGCUAUGGUGUCUGUUCCAAUCACUUGUGACCAAUUUGCCAGCUCAUGUGGGUCCCCUCUUGGUGGAUUAUCUGACACUAAAAUGUCUGGGACGGAAGCUCUUGAGUCAAAGCGAAGCUUUUCCUCUGCUGUAGUGAACAAUAACUCAGAAAGCACAGGACUUUCAUUCGAUAAUGGAAUCUCAACAAACGUUGCUGAGCAUGCUAGUAAUAAGAUUGAUCAGGAUGACACUCAUCAGAAAAUGAAGAACGAACCUUCCUAUCUGGCAGAACCGCCAGAGAAUUUGCUAUCAGACUCAUUAUUCGACGUGCCAUUUGUUGCUGAGGAUAAGAAAUCUGCAGGUUUUCCUUCUGUGUUCAUACCCAGUUCUUCAGGAAGGAGUCAAGUUGGAGUUCUAGGAAGGCAAUCUAGUCAAAGUAGUCAAGCAGAAGAUGUAUCUUUGCACUGUGAGGUUCUUAAUGAAUCUUUUGUUUUGACCAGUUCAGCUGCAGCAUGUGUUGAUAAUGUCACCCAAAGGAUUGAGAAAAGCACAUCAAAGUGGCAAUCGAAAGGAAAGAGAAAUUCCCGACACUUAAGUAAUAAGAGAAGAAGACGGAGCAUUGGAAAGUCCUCAAAUGUAGGAGGUGGGUCCAACUCAAGUACUUGCUUGGGAGGUCUGGACUAUGAUCAGAAGGAAGAUUUCAAUAAUAACAAUAAUGGGUCUCUCCUUGCCAUGCCUGAUUGCCAAGAUAAGAAGUUGAAUGGGGUCUGUGAUUGGGGCAAACGAACUUCCUCUUCACACAAGGGAUCUCAAACAAGAAAGCCGCCUGAGCCAAAGAUAUCGCCUGAAGUCUCUCCGACUCCACAGAGAUUGCUCCCUUAUCGCCAGUCUCGGUUCACACUCCACCCAAGGUAUGAAACGGAUGAAUUUCCCGUCAGAAGCUUUGCUACGAGUUCAGAGUCCUUGUAUGAUGUUGAGCUACAGGUCAAUGCAAGCUAUAGGCCUCCCCACGUCCCACUCGUUUCUCUUAUGAGUAAAUUAAAUGGGAAAGCUAUCGUGGGCCACCCUCUUGCAGUGGAGGUUUUAGAUGAUGGUGAUUGCACUGUGGUGCCUUUGGGUGAUGGACUGGAGAUGGGUUUUGGAACACAGAGGAGUUUGGAGUUUAUCAGGGUUCCUGUGAAGAAGAAGAAAAGCGCUUCACGGGCCCGUUCCUCAUCCCGCAAGAAGCCAAAGUCAAAGAAAUCUGGGUUGAUGUCGAAAAAGAUGCGGAAGCUUUCAUCCCUGACUGGACAGAAAAGAGGGGAGGAUGAUCGAAGGCCUGUGGUAGAGAAGCCUAGGAGUCCGGUCAUCGCCUGCAUUCCAUUGAAAGUGGUGUUCAGCAGGAUAAAUGAGGCCGUGAAUGGCUCACUGAGGCCGACUAAUCGGGUCUCCUCUACAGUUUGAACUUCAGCGUUGGUGGGUGAGCAAUUCUUACUAAAUUUUAUUCAUGUGGUGUUAGUGAUCCUUUAAUUUAGAUAGGCAACUGCAGUUUUACUCCGUACAAUUUCCAUGGCAUUUCAUCAUCGUGGAGAGGGACUUGUAGGUGCUAUAUUGAGGACUGGAGCCUGGUCCAGGAUCGGCAUUUUGUACAUAUGUAACAUUAACUGAGGGUUGUAAAGUGGAAAGGGAUAAAUUGUGGUAUUAGGUGUUGGGUUUUGUUUCUUUACCGGAUAAUUAGAUCUAGGACCUUUUAGGACAUUAUAUGAGUUUAGGUGCAAAAGACGCUCUUAUUCUUCGGUGUAGGUUGGCCUUUGGAACAUUAUGGUAAUUUUUUUCAGCCUUUGUCCCCCCGAUAGAUAAUCUUCGAAUCCAGGUCUCUUUUACGCAUUGUUGGGAUGGAUUUGUACUUUUUUAUUUUUUUCCUGUUCAAGCAAUGAUUUGUGUAUGCUAGUCAAUUCGCAAGUGGUUAGUUGAUUCAUAUAGCUCUCUUGGUUUGUCUUAUGAGCCGGUAUAUAUAUGCUCCGUAUAUUUGAUAUCUUUCUCUUUGAAUGAGAUCUCAAUUCUAGC